AUGGAGCACUUGAUUCGCCUAUUCGCGGCCCUAUCGACUGCGAACACGCUUGCAACUUCAUCGCUGGUCCAGGUUCUCACGGCGGACACAUUCAAUGACUUUGUCACUCGCACUGAACACUCGUUGAUCGAAUUCUUCAGCGCGGAAAGCCCCAGAUGCCAACUGCUGGAACCACAAUAUGAAAAGGCGGCUGCUCAACUGGGGUCGAGGUCGGCUUGGAUGGCAAAGGUCGACUGCUCAGCGGACGAAGCUCUCUGCAAGACCUACGAAAUCGAUGGCUACGACACUCUCAAGAUUUUUCACAGUGUCGACAAAUACGAAUCUUACCACGGCAUCCGGACGGUAGAAGGGCUUGUGCGGACUGUCUCUAAGAUCUCCAACCCUUUGGUUUCGCGCCUCACGGCAGCAGGUCUCGGAGACUUGAUCGAUCUUACCGGCACUGCUGUCGUCGGAAGCUUCGGUGAAGAACACGGAGAGUAUGUCGAGGUCUUUUCAACAGCGGCGGAAACGCUGUGGUCGUCCACUCAUGUCUUUGGCAUCAUCAAUGAUACAGAGACAGCGACUCCUUCGAUCACCAUGUACAAGCAGAGAGAUCUCUUAGAGCGGGAAGUCGUAUAUGACGGCGACUUCAGCGUUGAUUCGAUCGUCGACUUCGUCAAUAUUAAUGGUCGUCCCCAUCUGACCGAACUCACCCAAGAGGUCUAUGUCGAAAAUGUGGCGUCCGAACUGUUCUCAGCCUACCUCUUCUUCGAGGAUAUAGAGCAGAAAGAAAUCUUGAUCGACCUCAUCCGACCCAUCUCCCCGCGCUUCAAGCGCGACAUGAAUUUUGCCUUGGGCAACGCAACCAUUUUCGGCGGGUUUGCAGAGACCUUAGGCCUCGAAGCUGACGUAUGGCCGGCCAUCGCUGUUCAAGGGUCUUUCAAAACGCAGAAAUUUACCCUCAAUGCAGCAACAGAGGCACUGACGACGAAACGAAUCGAGACCUUUGUCCAAGGCAUUCUCAACGGUGACAUCGCCGCCGAGAUCAAGUCACAACCCGUGCCGGAAGCACAAGAUGGUCCGGUAACUAUUGUCGUAGGACAAACGUUCGACGAGCUCGUGCUUCGCAACCAAGCCGAUGUCUUGUUGUACUACUACGCUCCCUGGUGCUCUCACUGCAAGAAGUUCUCUCCAGUAUAUGAACAGUUCGCGGCAUCAAACGCCUCUGGGUUGGAGAUAGUCGCGGCCAAAAUCGAUGCCGAAGCAAACGACGUCCCCGAUGAGCUAAGGGGCUUCCCAACGAUCAAAUUGUUUCUCGCCAGAGCUAAAGGAGAGCCAGUCGAGUUUCUAGAUUUCCCUCCAACGGCAGAAUCGUUGAGCAAGUUUGUGAAAGAGGUCAGAAUGAUGAAGGAGACCGGCCACAAUGGUUCGCAGCGGUCGGGAGAAAGCCCAGAAGCUGUGCAAAGUGUACAUGAUGAACUAUGA